AUGGGAGUACCGGCACAAGAGCAACCCAGGGAGAGUAAACCCAACCAAGAGGUAUUCCACACCAGGGGCACUCCACCUCGCAAAGUGAGGUUCAAUGUUGGUGACACAUAUCAGAUACUCGAUGUCAUCGGUGAAGGCGCAUACGGUGUCGUCGUCUCAGCUGUGCAUCGCCCUUCUGGGCAAAAGGUGGCCAUCAAAAAGAUUGUUCCCUUUGACCAUGCCAUGUUCGCUUUGCGGACAUUGAGAGAACUAAAGCUCUUGAAGCAUUUUGCCAAGGAAGGUCUCAGCGAGAAUAUAAUCUCUGUACUGGACAUUGUCAAACCCCCGAGUUAUGAGUUGUUCAAAGAGGUGUACCUAGUGCAAGAAUUGUUGGAGACGGAUCUUCAUCGUGUCAUCCGGACUCAAGAUUUAAGCGACGACCAUUGUCAAUACUUCCUUUAUCAAACUUGUCGAGCCAUGAAGGCCUUGCACUCUGCCGAAAUUAUUCACCGCGAUCUCAAACCGUCUAAUCUGCUACUUAAUGCCAACUGCGACCUCAAGGUGUGCGAUUUUGGGUUGGCCAGGAGCACUCAGACCGUUUUCCCAUCGGAGGCCAAUAACAACGGGUUGAUGACCGAAUACGUAGCCACACGGUGGUACAGAGCUCCGGAAGUCAUGUUGUCUUUCCGGAUGUACACAAAGGCAAGCUCAUUCCUAUGGCCAUCGAUGAUAGAUGUAUGGUCGAUCGGAUGCAUCCUGGCGGAGAUGCUCAGUGGGAAGCCUUUGUUCCCUGGCAAAGACUACCAUCACCAACUUGCUUUGAUUCUUGACGUCCUUGGUACUCCCAGCAUUGACGAAUUUCAUGCUAUCACUUCCAAGCGUUCGAAGGACUAUCUCCGUGGCCUGCCAUUCCGCAAGAGGAAGACAUUUCAGUCGUUGUAUCCAAAUGCCAGUCCCUUGGCCAUUGACUUUUUGACCAAAACCCUGACCUUCGACCCCCGGAAGAGAUACACGGUCGAACAAUGUUUAGAACACCCUUAUCUAGAGGCGUACCAUGACCCGGAGGAUGAGCCAUCCGCCAAACCUUUGGAACCGAGCUUCUUCGAAUUUGACCUGCAGAAGGAAGAGAUCGGGAGAGAGGAACUGAAGAGACUUCUAUACGAGGAGAUUAUGUCAUUCUAUCCAGCUCGAGCAUGA